AUGUCCUCCAAUGAUGCAACAAUUAAUAACGAGGAGGAAUGGCUCUUGGCAGAGGAGCUUUGCACCUUCUCUUGUCUUCCCAUGGCCAUGAAAGCUGCACUAGACCUUGAUGUACUACGAAUCAUAUCGACUCUAGGUUGUGGCCUUCAAGUUUCCCCUACCCAGAUUGUGGACCAAAUUCCAAAUGUAACAAAUCCUGAUGCAGCACUUACUCUAGAGAGGAUACUGAGAGUCCUUGCAAGUCAUUCAAUUCUCAGCUGCUCUGUAACCACAGGCAAGAAUGGAAAGGCUGAGAGGCUUUAUGGUCUGACUCCUCUUUGCAAAUACCUUGUGCCCAACAAGGAUGGCCGGUCCUUUGCACCACUGGCCCUGAUGAACCAGGACAAAGUGUCUAUGGACACUUGGUUCUAUCUCAAGGAUGCUGUUCUCAAUGGAAGCCAGCCAUUCAUCAGAGCUCAUGGGGUGAAUGCAUUUGAGUACAGUGCCAAGGAUCAGAGAAUCAAUAGGUUAUUUAACAGCGCUAUGGCUGAACAUUCUGCCAUGGUGAUGGAAAGGAUUCUAGAUUCUUAUCAGGGCUUCAAGGAUUUGGAGGAGCUGCUUGAUGUGGGAGGUGGAGUUGGGUCUACUCUCAAUCUUAUAGUUUCCAAGCAUCCCCAUAUCAAGGGAGUGAACUUUGAUAUGCCCCAUGUUGUGAGAGACGCUCCUCAUUAUCCAGGGAUAACACAUGUUUGGGGAGACAUGUUUGAGAGCGUACCGUCCAGUCAAACUAUUUUCAUGAAGUUGAUUUUGCAUGAUUGGAAUGAUGACCAUUGCAUAAGGAUUCUAGAAAAUUGUCAUAAGGCAUUACCAGAGAAAGGGAAGGUGAUUGUAGUGGAUUUAAUCUUGCCAAUGGUUGUGGACACCUCUACGUCUACUAGGAGAGGAUUUCAUGUAGACCUUAUGAUGUUAGCAUACAAUCCAGGGGGAAAAGAGAGGACAAGAGAGGAAUUCAAUGACCUUGCAAAAGCAGCGGGAUUUGUAGGAGGUAUCAAGCCUAUUUGUUGUGUUAAUGGAUUAUGGGUCAUUGAAUUCUAUAAGUGA